AGUGAAAGUGGUCGCUGCUGCUGCUGCUGCUGUUGUUGUUCUGCUUUUAGAGCCGGAUGUAAUUAAGGAACAAACCUACGGUAGUCAGGGUUAUAAUAUUUUCAUUCGACAUGUCAGACUAUCAGUAUCCUGUGCUUUUUGAGGCAAAUAACCUCUCAGAUGGAGAAGUUAAGAAGAUUAGGAACUAUUUUAAGAUCAGGCGGCAGUCUGGAGGAGGAGAGUGUGGAGAAGUGGAAAAAGUGGGAGAAAACACCUAUAAGAUAAGCUUCUUGGAAAAAACAGCACAGGACAGAGUAUUAAGCAAAACAGAUCAUAUAAUCAGUCUUCCUGGAUGCGGAAAUGUGCAUAUCUUGAUUAAAAGCUGUGACACAAAAGAAGAGAAACAGCUUCUGCCACAUUCCACAUCUGAACAACAAGCCACCAGGGAUUCACCUCUGCAAAAAGUGUUUAAACUUGACCCGUACUUACUGCGCUAUCUGAAAGGCAAUUCGAGAGCAAAGUCAGACUUGGAGGAUCAGCUCUCCUCUUUACUAAGCUCCUUUAAGUUAGACAUGGUCACUGAGACAGUAGUGGUAGUGAGGGAUGCAGUCCAAACAGCUUCAAAUGAUGAUGUCCAGCAGAAGUGGGAAACAAAGGUGGAUAUUGUGUUCUCGGACCUACAGGAUCACUAUAUCAUCCAUUUCGAGGUGGCGCCUAACAGACUAGAGAUUCUACAAAAAAACCCUUUCCUGUUCCCACAACACCUUGGAAUCUUUGAAGAAGAUGGUUUAUUUGUGAUUGUUGGAGAAAAUAAGGAAGUGCAGAAAUUUUUGCAAGUUAUAGAUGCUUUCCAUUUGCGACAGCAAGCCCGUCAAGAAUGCCCCGUGUCUGAGAUACACUAUGCACUUGUGAAAGACCAGUUUGCACUGGAGAUAAAGUCAAAAUUUUCAAAUCUUGAGCUUACACAGGCACAACCUGGCUGUCUUGUCCUAAAGGGCCCUGAAGAACAAGUCAAUUCAGCAGCAACAAAGCUUCAAGAGUUGCUGAAUCAGAUUCAGGAGAAAAGAAUGCCAUUGCCUCAUCCCCUUGGAACAUUUUUGUUAUCUAGUGGUGCUAUUCAGAUCUUUCAGACACGAUUUCAGCAGAAUCUCUGCAGUCCAGUUCUGCUUGAGCCCACAGGCUCAAAUUUGGUUCUGCUGAGUUUGUCACCAGGCGCACUUCAGGAAGCAGCUACUGCAAUGCAGAGAGACCUGUGUGUGGAGACGGUGCUGCUGGAACAAGCUGAAUCUGAAUCACCAGGAAUAGACACUUUGAAGAACACUUUGAGUCCCGCAUUACAACAAGCUAAUCAUGGAGCACCUAAAGUAGAAAUUAGCUAUGAGCCAGUGUCAGGGUCUGAUCCCAGAAUGAAGGUGCUGCUGGUGGGCUACAAACCUGAAGUCAAUAAAUUAAAAAAUAUCAUACAGGACUACAAACAAAACUAUGCAGAAUACAGCGACACUGUGCCUCUACCUUUCCCAGAAAUGGUGGAUAAUUUCUCUAAACUUCUGUCACUAUUAGGUGUGACAGCAACCAAUGUCAAUCUAACGGCUACAUCCUCACCUGUCCCAUGUGUCCACCUCUCAGGACCUCGGUGUAAAGUAACUGAUAUGAAGAAUAAACUGCAUUCAUCAUUUAGUCAUCUUAAACACAAGAAAAUUUCAGUGGAUGGUCCUGGGGUCCUGCAGUUCUUUCAAGACGAAGGUUUAAAUACACAAGCACUACUGCAGAGUUCCUGUCAGGUUCUGAUAUCCCUCAUAAAUGAUGUUCAAACAGGUGCUCCAGCAGCCAGGAACACAUCCUUUACCAGUCUUCCUCCCAUACCUGCUUCUGUGUCACAUCCAGGUUACUCUGUAGCCCUGGAAAUUGUAUUUGGAUGUCUUGAAGAUCAGCAGGCUGAUGUAUUUGUUGUCCCCAUGCUGAACGCAAACCUGUCCUCAACAAAGGUUGGGAAAUCCUUGCUAAAUAAAGCAGGGCAGCAAUUUAAGAAUAAUUUUGAUGCUGCCAAAGGAAGAUGCAGAAUUACUCCUGGAGAUGUGCUGGAGGUUGAUGGGACUCCAUUAGGAUGCAAGAAGGUUUUCUUUAUUGAGUGUGUACCUUGGACUGGAAACGCACACAGCAGUGAAAAGGAACUGCGCUGUGGUCUUGAACGAGCACUGGCAUUUUCUGAACAGCAGGCAUGGAGCUCAGUCACUCUUCCAUUAAUUGGACCCGGAAUAGCACUGGCUGUACCUGUACAAAAUGCCACUAAUAUUCUGACAGGAGAGAUUGGGACUUUUGUCCUGACUAGAUCCACGGGUUCUCUCAGGACCAUACGAAUUGUAAUAAUGCCUAAUUGCACAGAUUCUGAAGAGAUCUACCACGCAGUCAGCACUGGGUUAACUGACAUAAUGGUGGAUCACACAGGACAGGCUGUAUUUCAGUCUCUAAGCUCAGAAAUUGAUGAAAUCAGCAUCCCAGUGGGCAGAUGUCAGCUCCAUCUGAUAUUUGGAGACAUCAGCAAUGAGACUACAGAUGUCAUUGUAAACACCACAGACUUUACUGACUUACAGACAGAUGUAUGCAAUGACAUCCUGACUAUUGCUGGACCACAAGUUAGGGAUGCUCUAGCAGGAGCUCAGGUUAAAAAAGGAGAAAUCUUUAUCACUCAGCCUGGAGAAUUCCCCUGCAAGGCAAUUAUGCAUGUGUGUGGAGAAAAGGAUACAGCCAUCAUUAAAAAACUGGUGCAAGAUAUCCUGCUCAAAAGUGAGAACAAUGGCUACAAGUCAGUGGCCAUUCCUGCUAUCUGUGCUGGUAAAGGAGGGUUAGAUGCUCAUCUGGUUGCCCAGGCUAUUCUCCAGGGUGUGAAGGAUGCUACAAGACAAGCUAACCUCAACAACAUUAAAAGAAUUAACAUUGUUCUGAUGAAAAUCCAUAUUUUUUUGGCAUUCAAAGCAAUGGCACAACAACUCUUUGGCAGAUUUACCCAGACGGCAGCUCCUUUGCAGUCCACACCUCUCAGAGCUGCUCCAUCUUCUUUGCCUCUAGACCUUAGUUCUCUUGUUCAGUCUCUUCCAGACCAGCAUAUCACAGCGAAAUUUCUUGUAGUUGGGUUAACUGACGAUAAUGUCUCAAGGGCCUGUCGAGAGCUUCAUCAAGCAUAUAAAAGCCAUUGUUCUUCUCAUUUUGUUUCACAAGAGGAACUUAAACAUUUACUACCAACUGAGAUGGACGAUAUUAUCAAUAAUGUGACUUCUCUGGGUAUUCAGAUAAGCCAACGUGGCCCUGGUGGGUUGCAAGUUAGUGGACUGGCAAGAGGGGUAAAUGAAUUCAUGCGUCUGAUACAAGGGGCUCUUGUUAGGCAGGUGAGAGAGAGAGAUAUGGACAGAGUUUUUUCCGAUAUCAGCUGGUGCAUUUUGGGAUCGAGAGGAGUCUGGGAGAGGUUACCUAAAGAGGCUAACCAUCAGCUGGAAAGCAGGAAUGUUGGUGGAGGGAUACUGGAUGCACAAGCACAAAAAUGGACAGUAAAUCUUACAAAGAUGGAGGCCACAGCAGUCGGGUCUAGAACCAGAGCAAAGAUCAAACGACUGGAGAACUUGCCAGACUUCUUUUUUCCACUUUACUGGGACACCAUGACCACUGUAGAGGUUCUAAAAGUGGUUCCUCUGCAAUCCAGCUCUGCUGAGUACAAAAAAGUGAAAAGUGACUUCAAGAGAACAGUCGCAAAAGCAGUCAUCAAGAUUGAGCGUAUUCAAAAUGUGAACCUGCGCCGUGCAUACGAAGUCCGAAAGAGAGAGCUGCAGGAAAAGAAUGGGACAGUUGGUGCAGGAGAGAGAUUCCUAUACCACGGGACCACAGCUGAUGCCUGCACUUCUAUACAGCGCAGUAACUUUAACCGCAGAUUUGCUGGACAAAAUGGAACGAUGUAUGGACUUGGGACAUACUUUGCUGUAGAUGCCAACUAUUCAGCCAAUCCCAGAUACUCUGUACCUUCUGCCGAUGGGACGCAGCUCAUGUUUGUGACACUUGUUCUAACAGGUUAUUACACCCAGGGACAAAGUGACAUGAAUGUUCCACCUCCUCGCUCACCACAGGAUCCUAAUGACAGAUUUGACAGUGUGGUCGACAACUUGCAGAAACCCAGUAUGUUUGUGGUGUUUCAUGACUGCCAGGCCUACCCAGACUACCUCAUCACAUUCAAAUGAGGGCAAAGCUGUAGCAGAGCUGAGAGUGAUCCUUGUGUUUUAAAAGUAGGCCUGUCUCAGCUGACUGAAGUGCUUAAUGGGGAUUAUAAUGCUUCAGAAGAUCAAUACGAUAACCCAGAAUGAAGCAAUAUAGAUGUUUAAACAUCCUAAUAAGGAUUUUGUAUUAAAGCUAAAAUGAAACAUUAUUCAAAUAGGUGCAUUUGUUGCCAUGUGUCAUAUCCCUAUAAUCUGUCCAUUAGCUUCAGAUGGUUUAAAAGGAUAUGAUAAACCCCCAUAAUUUUGAAUUUGGUCAGCAUCAAUAGAGUAAUGCAAGAGUUAAUGUUAAACUUCUAUGGCCAAAUUUUAAAUACCCAUUUUUCUUAAUCAGUGGAAGUCAACCUCUUAUGAAUUGCAUAUGUGUAAGUCAGCACAGGCUUCCUCAUCAGGGAUAAAUGAAUUUAUUAGGGAUAAAAUCAGCUUAUAUGUUUAAAGUCUUUAUUUUUCUGUAAAGCUGCUUUGCAAAAAUUCCUGUUGUUUAAAGUUUAUGCAAAUUAACUGACUUGAUUUAAUGUGUGGGCAGCACGGUGGUGUAGUGGUUAGCACUGUCGCCUCACAGCAAGAAGGUCCGGGUUCGAGCCCCGUGGCCGGCGAGGGCCUUUCUGUGUGGAGUUUGCAUGUUCUCCCCGUGUGGGUUUCCUCCGGGUGCUCCGGUUUCCCCCACAGUCCAAAGACAUGCAGGUUAGGUUAACUGGUGACUCUAAAUUGACCGUAGGUGUGAAUGUGAGUGUGAAUGGUUGUCUGUGUCUAUGCGUCAGCCCUGUGUUGAUCUGGCGACUUGUCUAGGGUGUACCCCGCCUUUCGCCCGUAGUCAGCUGGGAUAGGCUCCAGCUUGCCUGCGACCCUGUAGAACAGGAUAAAGCAGCUACAGAUAAUGAGAUGAGAUUUAAUGUGUGUUUCUGUCACAUAGGUCACAUAUAUGCGUGUUUUCUAAUUUUUUAGCAUACCCCAUGACAUUGGGAAGAAGUACCUAGAACUAUAGUUUGAUAUAAUACAAUAAUUGCUACAGUACUUACCAAAAAUGAUUCCCAUGACAGUUCUGUAAGUCAAACCGUGUCUCUCAGUACACAUAUAGAAUUAACAAACAAUUAUUUGAUGAAAUAUUUCACCCUUUUUCAUUGGCACUGCCCCAUGUUUCUCUAUACUGUAAUGACAAGAUUUGCAUCAGUUUGAUGUUAUGCAAUGUUAUGCUCUCUGACAGCAAGUUCAGACAAGAGCUUAAUCAAUGUUUCUCUGAAGAGGGUUUCAGUGUACUCAGUCAACAAUUCAUAUCUAUUCACUGGAAAAACCUUCAUUUGUUUGUCGCAUUAUCAUACAUUGUGCAUUUUAGUAGGGUCGUAAUUGUAAAAACAGGCUAUACAGUUUCACUUUAGAACAGUAAAAUUAAUAUUAAAAAACUUAGAAAACUAGGAAACCUUUAUUCAUCACAUGCACACUUCAAGCACAGUGAAAUUCAUCCUCUGUAUUUAACCCAUCUGAAGCAGUGAACACACGCACACACACCCAGAGCAGUGGGCAGCCACACCAGAGCGCCCGGGGAGCAGUCAGGGGUUCGGUACCUUGCUCAAGGGCACCUCAGCCCAAGGCCGCCCCACGUCAACCUACCUGCAUGUCUUUGGACUGUGGGGGAAACCGGAGCACCUGGAGGAAACCCAUGCAGACACAGGGAGAACAUGCAAACUCCACACAGAAAGGCCCUCGCUGGCCACUGGGUUCGAACCCGGAACCUUCUUGCUUCGAACCCUAUUUGCCUUUUUAAUAGGUCAAUGUCUGUAUUUAGUUUUUGGAGCUUUGUGUUCUUUAUGUACAAUGUAUACAAAGAUUAAAAAUGUAAGAUUUUUCUCUGUGA